AUGGAUCGAAUCUUUUUGUUGCUUGGAGGUCUUCUGCUUUUAACUAUUAUUGAUUUUAAUUGGGCGAUAAAACAUCAUCGAAAUCGUGGUGGUCAUAACAAUGAAGAAGAAUCCUUACUGGAUAAACAUGAACGUGAGCGAGAUAAAAAAGAUCGAAAACGUGAUGAGGAUAAAAAAGAAGAAAAUCAAAAUAUAACAUGUUAUAAAUGUGACGGUGAUCUAUGUCGAGAUCCAUUUCGAGGAGAUGAUUCUAUACCAUUAGUACAAUGUGAACAUAGCUGUUGGAAAGGUGUUUUUGCUGCUAGUGUUCGUCGAUCAUGUGGAAAUAAACGUUGUACAUUUGCAUUUCAAGGGAGUUCAGCAUUAAGUAAUACAUGCUGUAAAACAUCUUUGUGUAAUAAUACGCACAUAAAAAUACCAUCGAUUAUGAUUAUACUUUUUUCAUUUAUUAUCAUUAUUGUAACAAUCUAA